UUGUGCCGAGGAGGAGAGGAAGGUGCUGUGUGGUUAGAUUAAAAGUUGUGCGUUUUGGAUGAGGAGCAGCAGGAGGAGGAGGAUGAGGCAAAGGAGGAGGAGGAGUGUGACUGUGUAAUUACGUGGCUGCAAGAAAAAAAAAAGAGUGAGAGGGGGAGAGAGAGAAAAAAAAAAGUUGGGUCUGAUUUGCUGGAAUCGCGCAGGAGCCGAAGGUGCAGCGCACGGUUCCACAUCAAGUUUUGGGGAACGCAGGGGUGAACAUCGCACACUCUUCUUCUCCUGCGCCGCCUCUGCUGAAGUGAUGCUUUUUAAGAACGAGGCACCGCUGCGCCGUUAAGACGAUCCGCGCGUACCGGAGCGAGGAGUGCGCACGGCCGCUCCGCUUGCACCGGCUCCACUGCCAGAGAGCUCCCCGUGCAUGUCCGAAAAUAUAUAACAAUCUCCUGCUUAGACACGUUUUUUUCUCAGCGGAGACGACAAUCUUUGGAUCGCAAAAAAACAUUUCAUGGAUGUCAUUGGAUAAUCUUUUUUGUUUUACGCGGAUAGCUGCUGCUCCUCCACAGUCUCACACGGUGCACGUCGGUUCAGGAAUGGCGCGAUAAAGUGAUCAGAGGAAUCAGUCCUAGUACAUUCACUUUGUGUGUAGCCGUCUCGCCAUGUACUCUCCAAUUUGUCUCACUCAGGAUGAAUUUCAUCCCUUCAUCGAGGCACUUCUCCCUCACGUCCGUGCCAUCGCCUACACGUGGUUCAACCUCCAGGCCAGAAAGCGCAAGUACUUCAAGAAGCACGAGAAGCGGAUGUCCAAGGACGAGGAGCGUGCGGUGAAGGACGAGCUCCUGAGCGAGAAGGCCGAGGUAAAGCAGAAGUGGGCGUCCAGGCUGCUGGCCAAGCUGCGUAAGGACAUUCGGCAGGAGUACCGGGAGGACUUUGUCCUCAGUGUGACGGGCAAGAAGCACCCGUGUUGCGUGCUGUCCAACCCGGACCAGAAGGGCAAGAUCCGCCGGAUUGACUGUUUGCGGCAAGCCGACAAAGUUUGGCGUCUGGACCUGGUGAUGGUCAUCCUCUUCAAAGGCAUCCCUCUGGAAAGUACAGACGGCGAGCGCCUAGUCAAGUCUCUACAUUGCACCAACCCAGCACUUUGUGUCCAGCCACACCACAUAACAGUAUCGGUCAAGGAGCUGGACUUGUUUCUAGCAUACUAUGUCCAGGACCAAGACUCACAGCAGUCAGGAAGUCCCAGUAACAAUGAGCCAGGCAAGAACCCUAUUCCAGUCUACUUGGAAGACAGCUUCAUCAAAUCAGGAGUCUUCAGUGUUUCAGAACUGGUGCGAGUGUCCAGAAUGCCCAUCACCCACGGUGCGGCGGUAAACUUCUCCAUGGCCGACAUGCCCAGCCAACCCUACUACCACGACCUGAACUCCAGCGUGGGGCUGCACCGCUCCCUGUCCUCCCCUCCCGGCAGCAAAAGGCCCAAAACCGUCAACAUGGAGGAGAACAUGGACACGAGCCCGACAGGACCUGACUUCUACUCGUCACCCAGCUCGCCAGCCAGCAGUCGGGCAAACUGGCAUGACAGAGAUGGAGCAGACAUGUCCUCUCCCACCAUGAAGAAGCCGGAGAAGACGCUGUUCAGUCCGACCUCUCCGCAGGACUCCUCACCACGACUCAGCACUUUCCCUCAGCCUCAUCACCCAGGCCUAACAGGUGUAGGACACAGUGUUAUAUCGACGAGGAGCCCCCCUCCACACUCGCCCCUGCAGUUCCCGGCCUCGGCUAUCUUGCCCCCGGCGCCGUCACCCUACUUCUCGCACACCACCAUCCGCUACCCGCCCCACCUCAACCCUGGUGAUCCCCUCAAGAGCUACGUGCCGUCAUACGACCCGUCCAGCCCACAGAGCAGCCAGCCUAACAGCAGUGGUCAGGGAAAGGUUCCAGGUCACUUCACCCCAGUCCUGGCUCCCUCCCCACAUCACAGCGCCGUGCGACCUGUCUCGCUCUCCAUGCCGGACACCAAGCCCAUCACCACAUCCACAGAAGGCUACUCAUCCCCUGGCACCCCGACGGCUAAUCGUUUCGUAGGCCUGAGCUCCAGAGAGCCUACCUUCCUCCACCAGCAACAGCUGAGGAAGUGUGACUGGAGCGUGACUCAAAACGGCAGGCAUUAUGGCCCCAGUGCCACUGACGACACUUUGGGGAUUGCUUGGCAAAGUCCUGGUACCUGGGCGAGCUUAGUUCCAUUCCAAGUGUCGAACGGGACUCCGAUUCUGCCAACAAAUGUCCACCAGAACUACAGCAUAAACAUCAUUGGUGAGCCCCUUGUCCCCGCUGAGACAGGGAACUGAAACACACACACACACACACACAAACACGAGAGGCCAGAUGACACCCCCGUGGGCGAACGGGCAGGUUGGGGGGUGUCGGUGGUGCAGAGCUCGCACUACAGGUGUCCGCAGCCCAUGGAUGAAACCAGCAAAGCAGCACGAGCUGCACAACCCUUCUGUGCCCCCACAUCCCCCCCGACUCCCGUCCCUCCCCCCCCGUGAUGGACCCUGUCCGUGAAGUGAAGACGAGGGUUGGUUCAGAGGAAAAAAGGAAGAAAAAAAGAGAAAGACCCGGCCCGGCCCAUCCCACACCCAGCACCCACCAGUCAGUUGUUGUGUUUGCAGAACUUUUCAGUUCAUUCAAAUACUGUGAUGUAUAGAUGCCUUAAUGUUUCAUUGCAUGACACUCUAGUCUCUUAGCGGCAAUUCCCACUAUUUUUUCAUGUCGGGGGAAGGAAAUUAAAAUCUUGAUGCAUAGACACACACGUACACACGAGUGAAGAGGUCUGUGUUAAAACAACCUCUGCCUGGUGGAUGGCUCCGAGACUCUAAGCUCUCUUAACUGCGACCUCUUGAAAAGAGGCGUUCCCAUGUCAAACGAUUCACUGUGUACACCAUAGGAACAAAAAAAAUUGUGAAUUCAGAGUGUUUUUCUUCUUCCGUUUUGAGUUCAGUUUACUGUGAUAUGACUCUUUGUUCAGAAAAUGUGUUGACUUUGUUUAUUCUGUUAUUGCUACUUACUCCAAGAAUUAAUGUAUACGAAAAAACAAAACACUUACAGUAAGAGUUGAGAACUCUUUAUGCGGUUUUCAAAAAACACUAAAUGUUCGGCUUGAGAUUGGACCCCUAAUUAAAGAAUUUGCAACUCCUUAAAAUGAAAAGACGGAGAGUUAAGUAAAAUCUCGAAUAGAGGCAAGUGCAAUUGAAUUUUUUGAAGGGAAGCUAUCAGUCUGUCAGCCCUAAGACUCUAAAGGAAGGGGGAUAAAUAUUAAAUGGUUUUAUGGGGGGGAAAAAAAUGUUUUAGAAAACAUUGGAAUUUGAUUUCAGUCACGUAACCGUCUCCUCACACAAGAAAAAAAUUGAGCAUGAACGACAUGUGAAGGCAAGCACUAAGCUACCUGUGCAGCCCUGAUGAGCAAAACCAGCACAUCUUCCUCUUGAGCCCCUCCCGUCAAUAUGGGGAGUUGUUUCUUUUCUAAUUUUAAUUUAUUUUUAGAGGAAGACAAAAUGAACAUAAAUAAUGAGACGCACAUAGUGUGUAAAAAUGGCAUUUCUUUUUAUUUUGUUUUUAUUUUAAAUGUUCAUGAUAAGAUCAAGAGCAUAUGCAUUUGGCCAUCAGCUUCAAAAGCUUAUGUUUACAGAAUAUAUAUAUAAAAAAAAAAUGGAAUGCAAAGUUUGAAUCCAUGGAGAUGUACAUGAGGCUUAUGUGCAAAGCUACAUAUUGUGCAAGGUUAACGCUGCGAGUGGAAGAGGCUGGAAACUGAAAUGAUCGACUCCAGGUGGUGGCAGAUCCCUGAAAUCUAGAAUUGUGCACGGCAUGUUCGCGCGGCCAUUGCCUCUCCAAGUCCAGACGUAUUUAUACCAGGAAAAAAGAAAUUCUCAAAUACUCUUAAUUUGCACGAUGACAUAUAGUCCACAUAACGUGCCUUGCCUUUGAAUAUAGAGACUUCACUACACUUGUUUUUGCUGCAUUUAUCAUUAUAGAAAAAAAAAUUAACAUUUUUACGAUAAGAAUUGUUUUGUACUCUGAAUGAAAUUGUUGAUUUUUAACUUCAUGUACUACUCUAUCUCACAGUUACAUUGCAUAUCAAGGCUGUGUAUAGUUGCCGUUUUAAAGUUUGUAAUCAACCAGCGUUUUUUGUUUUGUUUUUUUCCUCAGUAUUUUGGUGGUUUUUCAAAUAACCUGUCAUCUUUUAUUUUGUUGUUUUCUUUUAUCUCUCAAUGCUCAUUUGUGUUCAUCUUCCAGUUACUAUUGUGGAGGGUGGAUGUCAGAAUUAUGAAAAUUAUGCAAUACCAAGUUUUGCCUAUGUAGGUAGUGCUUAUAGAUGCGUCAAUUAUUAGAGGCUAGUUUGGAGAUAGACAAUAUUGUAAUGCAUUUAUUUUGUUGAUAUCGUUGUUUGUCGUUGUUGUUGUUGAUGAUGUUGUUGUUGUUGUGGGUGUUUUCCUUUUUUAUUGACCAAAGUGGGCUCUGCUUUCUAUGCAGUGUAUGACAAGGUCUUUUUAUCAUUUUAAAAUCUUCUUUCUUAAGCUAACAGGCCUACCGAGCGACAGUAAGACAUGUUCCAGUGUAUUUUUUGAUUCGGAAGUUUUAGCGGGAGGGGCGGUAUUUUUCUAGAAUGCACCCUUGGUCUUUCUACGGCUGCAAAGUCACUGAUUGGUCUACUGUGACUCCUACUUUCAACUUUCCACAUGGGGUGCUAGCGCCUGACCUUGAAGGAACUUUAAGUUUUUUUCCACAGGAGAGACGGCUUGACUUGAGUAUGACAAUCAUUUAAAAAAAGAAAUUCUUUCGCCUAGAAUCCUGACCCCCCCCCCCCCCCCCCCCUUCCGUCGCGUAGAUCCCCCUGGAGCUGCAGCUGAGGACGCAUCGCCACUGAGCGCUCUCAUUGAAACAUGUAGACAUCACCGAAUGCAAUUCCCAAGUAGAUGCCUUAAACACAUCAGUGAAGUGUCCUGCAACCUGCGCAACAAUCACACACCGACUAAUGCUCUCGAGACCUGUCCAAAUCAGCUCCAGACAGGCUCAAGCAAGCCUUUAGAAAGUAUUUUAUAACUAGUAGAUUUGUAUAAAUGUAUAUAUGAUAUGCACAUAUGUCAAUUCCUGAGAUACGUCCCCCAUAGAGAAUGCUAAAGUCAAUAUUAGACGCGUGGUGUUUUCCUACUUCAUGUCCAGUGGUCCAGCAGAGGCUUAAAUAGAAUCCACUAGAAGAAAAAAAAAAUAGCACUUAAAUAGCACAUAGGCAAUCGUCUUCUUCCUCCGUACGAUGUGUUGACCCUAUAGUCUCAAAUGAAAUCACUCAGGCGUAUACAGGGCAUUAUUUAUAUCAAUCACAAUCGAAUAUUAGCGCCUCCGAUGCUGCUACGACACCUUUUGCACUCUUUCCCCCACAAUCGUGAAAGACGCCUUUCCCUCGGAGAGACGGGACUAGCGCGGAAACUUUCCCACGCCAGCAGAGGGCCAAGAAGCAGAUUUUUUUUUUUGUUGUUGUUUUUUUAGGAAAAAUAAU